AUGACUCUCGGGAAGAAUAAGCGCAUCAGCAAGGGCGGGAAGCGCGGCAAGAAGAAGGCGCAGGAGGCGAUGAGCCGCAAGGAAUGGUAUGACGUAGUUGCGCCCAAGAACUUCGAGGUGCGUCAGUUCGCCAAGACCAUUUGCAACAAAACGCAGGGUACCAAGGUUGCCGCAGAUUUCCUGCGCGGUCGUGUGUACGAGGGUAACUUGGCUGAUCUGAACAAAACUCAGAAUGAAGACGAUGCUUACCGCAAGGUGAAGUUCACUGUUCAAGAGGUGCAAGGUCGCAACUUACUGACCCAGUUUCACGGGAUGGACAUGACCUCUGAUCGUGUUUAUUACCUUCUGCGCAAGUGGUGCACAACAAUUGAGGCUACCGUAGAGGCGAAAACUGCCGAUGGUUAUGGUCUCCGCCUCUUUUUGAUUGCGUUCACCAAGAAGCAGGAGAAUCAGCUGUCGAAGAACUGUUAUGCCAAGACACGCCUGGUGAAGUGGGUGCGCAUGCGCGCUACCAACAUCAUUCGCCGGCGCCUGGCCAAGUUGGACAUCAACGAUGCUGUGUCUUUGCUGACCCGCAACAUUCUGCGUGACCGUUUGGCGAAACGUUGCAACCCGAUCAUUCCGCUGCGUGACCUGCGCAUCCGCAAGGUGAAGGUUAUUCGUACACCCAAGUUCGACGCUCAGGCCCUCAUUGCCGCUCACGGUGAAGUUCCCACAUCCGCUGAGGGCGAGGCACGCGUUGUUGAAGAGGCGCAGGAGGAGACUGCUUAA